UGCUCCAAGAGGAGGAAAUUCCGCGUGACCAGCGAGGACCCCACGUACACUGUGCUCUACCUGGGCAACGCCACCACCAUCCAGUCCAAGGGCGAGGGCUGCACGGACCUGGCUGUCUGCAAGAUCUGGAGCAAGAGCGAGGCGGGCCGGCAGGGCACCAAGAUGAAGCUGACCAUCAGCGCGCAGGGCAUCCGCAUGGCCCACGCCGAGGACAAGGGGCUGCGCCGGCCUGGCCACCUCUACCUGCUGCACCGGGUCACCUACUGCGUGGCUGACCCGCGCCUGCCGCGCGUCUUCGCUUGGAUCUACCGCCACGAGCUGAAGCACAAGGCGGUGAUGCUGCGCUGCCAUGCCGUGCUCGUCUCCAAGCCCGAGAAGGCGAAGGCCAUGGCCCUGCUGCUCUACCAGACCUCGGCCACGGCGCUGGCUGAGUUCCGCCGGCUGAAGAAGCGGGACGACGCGCGGCACCAGCAGCAGCAGCUGGUGGGCGACUACUUGGUGCUCACCAGCACCAUCCUGGCAAACCAGGACCACCGAACCCGCCUCUGA